UGGGAAUUUUGCUGUUGUGUGUUACUUCUAGGGCUUUGCGACCUGAAUGUCUUCUGGACAACAUCGUUGAUAAGACCAGACCUGCACUAGAUCCACUGAGUAUAACAGCCACUAGUUAUGGCUGGGAAAUGUGAAAUUGAAGAGAGAAGAGGCCAAAUCCAAGAAGGCAAAAUGAUGGCAAUCCAAGAGAAGUAACAAUGUUUACUCUGCAGUUCCAGCAGGUCUUGUAAGCAACCCAGAGAGAAGAAAUGGAGGAGCCAAAUCCAUCACGCCAUGAACCAGGGCAGGGGUUGGUGACAGGAGCAGGAAAAUCUCCACGGGCCAUUCAUGCUGGAGCCAUUGGUGAAUUUCUGAGGUGGGCCACACCUCAUCAGGGUAGGUUUGAGAGACAGGAGGGAAUGCCGCCACAUGGAGAGGCCCAGUGGCAGGAAAUCCUAAAGACAGUUCAGUCUUCGCAUUCAGGCUGGACAAGUUCUCAGUUGCCGGAUCUGCCUCCGUGGGAUGAUCUGUCCACGUUCGAGAGGGUGGCUGAUCCCUGCCAGUGGUCCCGAGGAGAAAGCAUGGCCAGACUUGUGCCAAACCUCAGUGGAGAAGGCCAGCACUUCUUUACCAGUCUGGAGGCCAGAGAGAGGGGAGAUUAUGGGAAGAUGAAGGCUGCUACCCUCCGAGGGGAUGCCGUUAGUGCUGAGACACAGCGCCAACGCUUCCGCCAGUUCUGCUACCAGGAAGCCAAGGGACCCCGUGAGGCAUGUAGCCGGUUGCGGGAACUAUGCCAUCGCUGGUUGGAGCCGGAGACCCGCACCAAGGAGCAGAUCCUUGAGAUGCUGAUCCUGGAACAGUUCUUGACAAUUCUGCCCAAGGAAAUCCAGAACCAAGUCCGAGAACGUGGGCCCGAAACAUGUGCUCAGGCGGUGGCCCUGGCAGAGGGAUUCCUGCUGAGGCAGCGAGAGGGAGGAAAACAGGAACAGCAGGUCAUGGCAUCGCUUCAAGGGGGGACCACAAACUGCUCUGAGAUACCGCAUCCUCCGGCAAAUGCCAGGCCAAGGCAAAGCUACAAAGAAAUCAGGCAGCAAGACAAUGGGAACGCACUAGCUCCCCUUGAUCACAUCUGA